AUGAGUGUCAGUGUUUUACCCUCCCCGUCUCCCCUCCAUACGGUGGAAGACAGAACCCCUACGACCAGCGGGAUAACGGCUAUGGUGCCCCCCCGCGGCAGCAAGGCGGCUACAGCCAAGGCUCACCUUAUGGAGGUGGCCGCGGCUAUGGCCAGAACUCGUCCUUGGACGAUGGCUACUCUGGUGAGCGGCAACGUCGAGAUGGCGCCCCUCGCUCAAAACGCCAGCUCCAUGGGAGGCGGCGACCCCAAUGGCAUCCUGAACGAGUGCAGAGACAUCGACCGCGGCGUCGACGAGGUCGACCGGAACUUGGAGCAGCUCCGCAUGCUCCAGCAGCGGACCCUCGACGACGCCGACAGCUCGGCCUCGAGCGCCAACAACCGCCAGCUCGAUGCCCUCAGCUCCGAGACCAUGGCCUUGUACCGCAGCCUCACCGAGCGCGUCCGGCUCAUCAAGUCGAACCCCGACUCCCGCACCCCCAAGAACAACCCCCAGGUCAGCCGCGUCGAUCGCAGGCUCAAGGCCGCCAUCCAGCAGUACCAGCAGAUCGAGUCUCAGUUCCGCAAGCGCACCCAGGACCAGAUGGCCCGUUCGCGCCGCGGUCGAGGACACGAGCGGCGGCCAGGUCUUCAGCCAGGCUCUGAUGCAGAGCGACAGGCAAGGACGGGCGCGCGCCGCUCUGACGGCGGUCCAGGAUCGCCACACCGCCCUGGUCAAGAUCGAGCAGCAGAUGGUGGAGCUGGCGCAGCUGUUCCAGGACAUGGACACGCUGGUCGUGCAGCAGGAGGCGGCCGUCAUGCAGAUCGAGCAGAAGGGCGAGGAGGUCGUCGACAACCUGGACAAGGGCAACCAGGAGAUUGGCGUGGCCGUCGACACGGCCCGCAAGACGCGCAAGAAGAAGUGGAUCUGCCUGGGCAUCUGCGGUAUGUUUUCCUAUCCUCUUCAAUCGAGCUUGCGCAGGAUACUGACGUUGACGCAGUGCUCAUCAUCAUCAUUGUCAUCAUCAUCGUGCUCGUCUACAUCUUCGUCAUCCGCGGGACCAACAAUAACAACGGCGGCGGCGACAAGAACAGCAGCAAGCGCAGCCUCCUCGAGGAGAUGGGCGCCGCGAUGGAACCCGUUGUCAGGACUCUGCCCGCAAUCCAGCCUCGCGAAGCCCACAUGGGCGCCCAAUCCAGCUCGAUUGACCAAGAAGCCGCGAAGGAGAUGUCCCGCAUCAUGCGGCAGCGCCUCCACCUCCCCCAGAUACCUCAAUAA